GCUUCUGACGGACCGGCCGCGCGAACUUUGGAUGUGAACGCGAACAGCCAACAGCCCUGCACGGACUACUGCAAAGAGGCCAAGACUCUGAACCUUCAUCUGCUCCCGUCCUUGUCCUUGGGAAGCCAAACAGUAGCCAACUUCAGCCAAUGGAAAUAGAGAGCGCCGACUGCCGUCCUCAGCCGGUGGCUUUUCCUGGAGUGAAUGUUGUGCACUGUGCUCCCAUCAAGUACCAAGGACAAGUGACACAGUCUGAUUUUCCAUCUUCAGACUCUGGUGCACCCCCCGUGGUGUCACUAAAAAGAAAGAGGAGUGACCAGGAUGAAGGUGUUCCCUACGUGAAGAAGCCGCUAAAUGCCUUCAUGCUCUAUCGCAAGGAGCAGAGGCCUUACGUAGCGGCUCAGCUGAACAUCAACAACAGUGGGGAACUGAACAGAGUCCUGGGACAAAAGUGGAGAAGACUAAAUACUAUGAAGAAGCUGAGAGGGAGAAGCUGAUCCACAUCUUAGAGUACCCCACAUGGUCAUGCAAGGACAAUUAUGUAUGCACCCUCUGCUCAUGUUCAACUCAGUCAUAGUUAAAUCAUUACACUAGAAGAUCAAACAAGGUUACUGGAAACAGCCUUGUGUUUAUCAGCUGGUAUCAAAAGAUGUGGCUGUUUUUUUUUUUUACAGGGCAAAAAGAGAAAGAGAGACAGGAGGAAGGUUUGACCCGGUGAUGAAUUCAAGAGAAAAAAAAAGAUAAAUUGUACAUUCCACCAAAAGACACAAAAAGCAAACGAUAAAACUUCUUUUGUAGUCAGCCAAAGAGAUUUUUUUCAAGAGUGCAAGAUUAAGAAACAUUGUUUUGUUUUAAAACAGUUUUGUUCAAGGCUAAAUGGACUGAUGAGUUUCUGUAUCUGAAUUUAAGAAGCUGCAUUAACAUCUAAAGAGCAGCGAGUGGCACCGGUUCAGACACAUCUGGACCACGGGGAGUGCCACCUGUGAAAUAACCAGAUCCAGACACCAACUAUGGACUACACCUACCUGUACCCUUAUCCUACUCUCCUACUACUAUUGAUCUGUCUGCUCUUCAUCAAACCUGACAGCAGAUUCCAGUCUUGUAUAAUAAAUAUGUAAACUGUGUGACAUGGGUGAAUUGUUACUGUUUUCGUAGCUAUUUAUUGCAGAUUUUACAUAAUGUGUAAACAUAGUGAAACCAUGGGUAUGUGAACCAAAGUUCACAGUAAACAAAUUCAAUUUCAAAUCUUUAAACACAUGUUCGGAGAACUAUUUUUUUUACUUUUUUUUUUUUUUUUACCUGAUUUUAAUCAUGAAUUUAUUACCGUAAUGCGUCCACCUCAAUUUAGCAUAAUCAAUAUUCA